AUGAAGGGAGCACUAAACCUUUGGCUUACUCUGGCAUUUGCUACUGCUACUCUCUCUUAUGACCGGCCUUCUGCAUCGAUUGUUAUGAACGACCGAGCCGCUUAUCAUGCCUACGCCCUCAACGAUGGAAUGUGCAACCAGCGCGGUAAUCCUCAAAGGUCUUUGGUCAUCCCAGGCCCCGAAAUCGUUUCUCAAUUCUCGGUCUGUCAAGGACGAAACGAAUUCGGUGAGCUUGUGUCUGACACCCAGUGGAUCGGUGUAUUGCAACGGGACGGUAUGCCUCUACGGUACCUACUGUAUCUGAGUGCUGCUGACUACGCACAGCUUAUACAUCUUUGGAAUGACGCAAGAGACCACAUCGGUGAUAGCAAAACCUUUGUCGAUCGUGCCAGUAAUUUUUCUGGCUCCCAGAUUAAUAUUGCAUUAUACCAUGUGUUGAGCAAGCGCAACUUCACUGUAUCAGAGUUCUUGGAGGAGGUUGAUUCUAUGUUUGAAUUUUAUACGGCCACACAAGCAAGGACUUUCCGGGCAUGGACUAAGAUUGUACACCACUACUGGAACAACCUCGACCGGACUAUGAUCCAGAACUGUUUCAAUGACAAAACAUACGGUACUCAAGCCCAACUUCUACCUGGCCCCGGCUCACCAUCAGUGGGCACGACCUUAGGAGCUUCUGGCUACUCUCCUUCAGCCGAUGAGCAAUGUGCUACAUCUAUCAUUCGCUUGGAGCACCCCUUUAAAGAACUUCGGUGGUGGGCUGAAAAUCGUGGAAUUGCAGUCAAAUCACCACGCGACUCGUCCGUCACCCACUUCGUCUACCAUUAUAACGUGAAUGCUGAUGGACCACGCCCCGAAUCUUACGCUGAAGACUGGAUGAGAAGGGUCCAAAUCCGAAGGAUCAUCCCUGUGGACUUGAAUAGCAUUCUCUACCGAUGUCACAUACUAAUUGCAGAACUCUACGAACGUGCUGUUGACGACGAGUCGCCGUACGCGUGGCAGCACAAGCAAAGACACGAAAUUGCCGCAUCUCUUCUCAAAUCCGCCAUCUUGGACUUGCAUUGGAAUGAAAAUAAGACCGGGUUCUAUGAUUUCGAGCUGGAUACACAUGGUUCGAAGUUGAAGGGACCAAGAACUGGCGUAUCAAAAACUUUUGGAGCGGAGCUACAUUUACGCCAUUCUGGAGCGGAAUUUGGCCCGAAUCUUUAUGGAGGGCCACUGCCUGCGACUGUUACCAAGUCCGGUCAGCAAUGGGACUUUCCGAACGCUUGGCCGCCCUUGCAAUAUGUCGCAAUUAAAGCCCUACAGAAUAUUCCAUACAACUUGAGUACUGCCGACGCUUUUAGGUUCGCCAAGACGAGCACCCCUCAGGGUCAGCUUGGAGUCGAAUACGACAAACUCCCAGUUAUGGAUGGAGAAAAUAUCACCGGCAGGGAGUUGGACGGGAGCACAUCUUCCAGUUGGAGGAAUGUGAUGCUCAAGGAGCUAUCCAUGCGCUACAUGACCUCAGCCUUUUGCAACUGGAAUGUCACUGCGAAGCUUAGGGACGACGAGAUCGAGGCGAUCGUUCAAGACAACCCUCGUGAAGAUGCGUGGCUUGACCAUUUCCCGGGUGCAAUGUACGAGAAGCUAAAUGCUUGGGAUGUACCCGUCGCGGACAUGGCGGAGAGUACGAGGUCCAAACUGGGUUUGGAUGGACUAACGGGUAAGAGCGGAUCUCAAGAUGACGUACGAAUUCAUAUCUAA